AUGUCUGAGUUUGACAAAGGCUCUGACGGUGUAGCUGAUGAAAACGAAUCGUCCCCAAGGAGGAAAGGUGACAAGUUCUGCCCAAGACAUGGCGGAAUCAAUUUCCCUGGAAACUUGGCUCCCCCUCACCAUAGUAACAGCCGUAGGGGCCCCAGCUCCCUGACUAGUAACAGCCCUAGGAGUCCCCAGCCCCCUCACUAUAGUAACAGAUUAAGGAGUCCCCAGCCCCCUCACCAUAGUAACAGCCCUAAGAGUCCCCAGCCCCCUCCCCAUAGUAACAGAUCUAGGAGUCCCCAGCCCCCUCACCAUAGUAACAGAUCUAGAAGUCCCCAGCCCCCUUACCAUAGUAACAGCCCUAGAAGUCCUCAGCCCCCUUACCAUAGUAACAGAUCUAGGAGUCCCCAGCCCCCUUACCAUAGUAACAGAUCUAGGAGUCCUCAGCCCCCUCACCAUAGUAACAGAUCUAGAAGUCCCCAGCCCCCUUACCAUAGUAACAGCCCUAGAAGUCCUCAGCCCCCUUACCAUAGUAAAAGAUCUAGAAGUCCCCAGCCCCCUUACCAUAGUAACAGCCCUAGAAGUCCCCAGCCCCCUCACCAUAGUAACAGAUCUAGGAGUCCCCAGCCCCCUCACCAUAGUAACAGAUCUAGGAGUACCCAGCCCCCUCACCAUAGUAAUAGAUCUAGGAGUCCCCAGCCCCCUCACCAUAGUAACAGAUCUAGGAGUCCCCAGCCCCCUCACCAUAGUAACAGCCCUAGGAGUCCCCAGCCCCCUCACCAUAGUAACAGAUCUAGGAGUACCCAGCCCCCUUACCAUAGUAACAGAUCUAGGAGUCCCCAGCCCCCUCACCAUAGUAACAGAUCUAGGAGUCCCCAGCCCCCUCACUAUAGUAACAGCCCUAGAAGUCCCCAGCCCCCUCACCAUAGUAACAGCCCUAGGAGUCCCCAGCCCCCUCACUAG